AUGCCUGAUCACCUUGGAGAUGACAUGAGAAAAGUACGUAACGAAGAGAAGACUGAAGAGAAAAACUUUCAAGCUCUCGAUGAAGGAGAUAUUGCUGUUCUGAAAAGAUACGGGCAAGGCCCAUAUGCUGAGCAGCUGAAACAACUGGAAACCGAUACAGAGGAGUGUCUCAAGAAGGUAAACGAAUUGUCCGGAAUAAAAGAGUCUGAUACCGGUUUGGCUCCUCCUGCGCUCUGGGAUAUUCCAGGUGAUAAAGCGAUAAUGCAACAAGAACAACCUUUACAAGUUGCUCGUUGUACAAAAAUCAUUCAAACCGAGGGUCAGGAUCCGCGGUACAUGAUUAACGUCAAACAGUUCGCUAAAUUUGUAGUCGAUUUGGCUGAUACUGUUGCCCCUACUGAUAUUGAGGAAGGAAUGAGAGUCGGUGUUGAUCGAAAUAAAUACCAAAUUCACCUUCCCUUACCCGCUAAAAUUGAUCCUACAGUGACCAUGAUGCAGGUUGAAGAAAAACCUGACGUAACAUAUGCUGACGUUGGAGGUUGUAAAGAACAGAUCGAGAAACUACGGGAAGUUGUAGAAACACCUUUGCUUCAUCCUGAACGCUUUGUAAAUCUGGGUAUUGAGCCUCCAAAGGGAGUUCUACUCUAUGGUCCCCCAGGAACUGGUAAAACUCUGUGUGCUAGAGCUGUCGCCAACAGAACCGAUGCUUGCUUUAUCCGUGUUAUCGGUUCUGAGUUAGUUCAGAAGUAUGUUGGAGAAGGGGCUAGGAUGGUGCGUGAACUUUUCGAGAUGGCUAGAACUAAAAAAGCUUGUCUUAUUUUCUUUGACGAAAUCGAUGCUGUCGGAGGAGCUCGCUUUGAUGAUGGACAAGGAGGAGAUAAUGAAGUUCAGAGAACUAUGUUGGAAUUGAUCAACCAACUCGAUGGUUUCGAUCCUCGUGGAAAUAUCAAAGUAUUGAUGGCGACUAAUAGGCCAGAUACCCUGGAUCCUGCUUUGAUGCGUCCUGGUCGUUUGGAUCGUAAGAUUGAGUUUGCUCUACCGGAUUUGGCUGGUCGUGCUCAUAUUUUGAAAAUUCAUGCAAAACAAAUGAGCGUGGAGAGAGACAUAAGAUAUGAUUUACUCGCACGCUUAUGUCCAAACAGCACAGGUGCUGAAAUUCGUUCUGUCUGCACCGAAGCUGGUAUGUUUGCUAUUAGGGCAAGACGUAAGGUUGCCACAGAGAAAGAUUUCUUAGAAGCCAUCAAUAAGGUCAUCAAGGGAUAUGCUAAAUUUAGCGCUACUCCAAGAUAUCUCACUCACAACUAA